AUGGCGAUCAACUGGAUUCUACCCGUUCGCGCGGCACAGGCUGUACUUUCUAUCGUUGUACUUGGGCUGAUGGCUUAUGUAUCAUCAUGGUGGUCAACGCACUGGCGCCAAUCCUCUCCAAUGGAAAUAAACUACCUCAUCUUCGCGCCGUCAUGGACCAUCCUCAGUCUGAUCCCUCUCCUCCUCACUUCCUUACCCAAGUUUUCCCAUCUUUCCGAAAAGGGCAGUGUGAAGUGGGCGUUGUUGGGUUUGGAAGGAUUGACGAUGUUAUUCUGGUUUAGCGGGUUUGUCGCGUUGGCAGUGUUUUUGAGUGGGAGGAUUUGCUUUGGCAUGGUCUGUGACGUAGCCCGCGCGAGUACGGUUAUCAGUUCGGUUUCGUGGCUUGCAUGGGCGGUCACGUUUGUCUUUGGCGUCAUUGGUGUUGUUAAGGGACGGAGCGGUGGUAUGAGUAUGGGCUUUGGCAGCAGGGCGCCGAAGAAUAAGGAGGUGGAUAUGCAUCAGGGUGUAUAG